AUGAGUAUUUUAGAUGAAACAUGCGAUAUACCUUAUCGACCACUAAUAGAUAAUAGUACAAAUACAACAAGUUGGGAUUUGAAUUUUUGCUACAUGAAUCAAUGUCCAACUAAGAAUCAAGUGUUAGCAAAUUGUACAUUAGGCAAUUAUGGUUUGAUCACUAUUGGCGCUUGGGAAUCAGAUAAAACUAUCGUUGAGUCGAUUAAUGAAGGAAUGAUGAUACAGAAAUCUGUUGAAGAACGAUGUCUUCUAUAUUGGUAUUACAUCACUGUUUAUGAUCAACUUGACUGGGGUCAACGAAUUUCGGUCCUCAUUAAAUCUGAUAAUGAAAUCGAAAUUGAUCAAGUCUCAGCUGUUGAUAUGGUAGAAAAUCGUUGGUAUUCAAGAAAUGUAACAUUCAAUGCGCCGUUUAUGAACUAUACUUUGAUGUUUCAUUUUGAAGUAACAAAUGGCAAUCGAACCUUUGAUCCUGCAUUGAACAAAACAAUCUAUUUUGCAUUGGACAGUAUCGAAGUAUACAACCGAAAUUGUCGAAGUGUAUUCGGGCCACCUAUUGGUUCAACAAGUACAUCUCCAUCUCCAGCAACAGUAACAACAACAAAACCAGAUGACGCGACAGCUGCGCCUCCAUCAUCAUCUAAUAAUUUGGGUCUAGGUCUUGGUCUGUCACUUGGUCUUGGUAUUCCUGCUUUGCUUUUAAUCAUCGGAGCUCUACUUUUGAUAUUAACAUUUUGUUACUCUCAAAAUGUAAAUUAUCAAUGUAACUUCGACAAUGAUAUGACAGGUGAUUGUCAAUUCCCACUAACAUCGGGCGGAACCAACAAUUUGGCCUUAGCGACUGGUAUUACUUCUGUUUCUAAUCCUAUUCAGGCCUUGUCUGAUGUUACUGCCAUUCUAUCACUGACUACACCAAACAAUGAACACUGCAAUUUUCCUUACCUAUCAGGAAGUUGGCAAAUGUACUUUUGUCGACGUUAUGCUAAUAAUAAUUACACAUGUCCAACUACAUCUGGUCGUCCGGGACAAUGUGUUAUCGGAAAAUUUGCUAAUAUAAGAGCACAAGUUACUGGUGGAUUUGAUCAAACAUAUGCGACUGAUGUUAAACAAAGUACGAGUACUACUCAAUGUCUUGAUUUCUAUUACUAUAUUCCUGGUGCAUCAAAUAAUCCGAAAAUACAAGUAGGAUGGAAAGCAGGUGAAGACACACAACAAAUAAUUGAAUUGACACCACUGUCAGACAACAAAUGGUACAAUAGUAGAAGUAGCUUUACAGCUCCUUCAUCGUCUUCUUAUCAACUUACGUUCAGAAUGAUACGUGAUGGAUCAAGUUUUACCCACUUUUUUGGUUUAGAUGAAAUCAAGAUCUAUGAUCAAUCUUGUGAGUCUAUUGUGACGACAACUAUAUCUAUUGCAACGCCCACUCCUAUACCAACGACAACAACUCCUAUACCAACGACAACUACUCCUAUACCAACGACAACUACUCCUAUACCAACGACAACUACUCGUAUACCAACGACAACUACUCCUAUACCAACGACAACUACUCCUAUACCAACGACAACUACUCCUAUACCAACAACAACUACUGUGGCAACAACGUUAACAAUAACAGCGACAGCAUCUACUACGAUUGGUAAUCCUCAAUCAUCUGUAAUUACCCAAGGCACUGAAGAAACACAAAGUACAACUGUUCCUAUUGUAACAAUGACAACUUCAACUUCUACUACAGAAGAACCUCUUAUUCGACUAUUUAAUUGUGAUUUUUCUGCAAGUUCAUGCUUUGCAAAUAGUGAACUUCUUAUUAGAAAUGGAAGCGAAUUCACUUCUGUCGAUAUCAUCAAUGAACCACCUCGAUUUCCUCUUUCUGAUGUUACUUCUAUUGAUGAACCAACAGAUAAUAAUGAAACAUGCGAUAUACCUUAUCGACCACUAAUAGAUAAUAGUACAAAUACAACAAGUUGGGAUUUGAAUUUUUGCUACAUGAAUCAAUGUCCAACUAAGAAUCAAGUGUUAGCAAAUUGUACAUUAGAUAUGACCGAACCACCUACUAGUCCGACGACUACUUCAGUAACAACUACGUCUCAAUCUCCAGCGGCAACAACAACAACAACAACAACAACAACAGCUGAGCCUCCACCUCCACCACCAUCUAAUAAUUUGGGUCUUAUUCUUGGUCUGUCACUUGGUCUUGGUAUUCCUGCUUUGCUUUCUGUCAUUGGUGGUGUUGUCUACUUUAUAAAAAAAACCAAAGCGCGUCCUAAAGUAGUAGCUCAAAAUUCUGAAGUCACUGCUGAAAUUCCAAUGACAUCAAGGGCGAAUGCCGACAAACCGUAA